UAGGGGUAGAGUUCAGGUUUCUCUCCUCCCUCCUUCCCACUCUCUAGCAACAAUGGCACGUUUCAAGGCGAAGCAACCGUCCGGGGCCACCGAGAAACCCAAGAAGCCUCGGAUGAGGAGUGCCGAGAGGUCAGCAUACUUCGCCAGGAGGGAGGCGGCGAAGGUACUACGGUCCGUUCUCCAAGGAGACGCUCGUCGACGAGCCGUCGGCUCCAUAAAGUCCCUCGUUUAUAGCCCUUCUGUUAAGAACAAGAAGGCUACUUUCGCUCUCGUUUGUCAAACCCUCAAACAUCUUCCUAUAAUUAAGGAUGUGUUGGAGGCUGCUAACGUUUUGAAUAGUAGAUGGAAGAGGCAAGAGGAAUUGGUUUACAUAAUCACAUAUGAUAUUCUUUUUGGUCAGGAAAUUUCAUUUGUUGGUGAUGCGGAGAAAUUUCUAGUACAGAGGAAAGUUUCUCUUCAGUCUGUUUUAGCUCGGCUUUUAGUGAGGAAAAAAGUGAAGCGCAUUGAAGACUUGAUAUAUCUUUAUCAGACUCCUGAUGUUUCAAAGCCCCGCUAUGUUCGGGUGAACACGCUUAAAAUGGGUGUUGAUUCUGCCUUAAUUGAAUUAGGGAAACAAUACAUGGUGCAGAAAGAUGACCUGGUACCUGACUUGUUAAAGCUCCCACCAAAAUGUGAUCUUCAUGAUCAUCCUUUGGUCAUGAAUGGAAGUGUGCUUAUGCAAGGGAAAGCGAGUUCUAUGGUGGCAGCAGCUCUGGGUCCUGAACCAGGAUGGGAGGUUCUUGAUGCAUGUGCAGCUCCAGGGAACAAAACUGUCCAUCUUGCUGCUCUUAUGAGAGGGAAAGGAAGGGUUAUAGCCUGUGAACUGAAUAAGGAAAGGAUAAAACGUUUAGAAGACACUGUCAGACUAUCUGGUGCACACAAUGUUGAAGUUCUACAUGGCGAUUUUCUAAGCUUAGACCCAAAAGAUCCUCUCUACUCAAAGGUCUGUGCUAUUCUUUUGGAUCCUUCCUGCUCCGGAUCUGGUACUGUUGCUGAGAGAUUGGACCAUUUGCUCCCAUCUUAUGCUGCAGGUCAAGUAGCAAAUACCGAUGAAGAAGAGAGACUGAACAAGCUGGCCUCCUUUCAAAAGAAGGCUCUAGCACAUGCACUAUGCUUUCCACAGGUUGAGAGAGUUGUUUACAGCACGUGUUCCAUCCACCAAAUUGAAAAUGAAGAUGUUGUCAAGUCUAUUUUACCACUUGCUGCAUCCCAUGGUUUCCAACUAGCAACUCCAUUUCCCCAGUGGAAUCGUCGCGGUCUUCCAGUGUUUGAAGGCUCUGAACAUUUGCUCCGGACUGACCUAGUUGAGGACAAAGAAGGCUUUUUCAUUGCCCUGUUCGUCAGGAAAGAUAGAACCGUGUUGAAGCCUGAUAGACCUGAUUCUUCUCAGCUUAGUAAAAGGAAGAGACGUCUGAACAAGAACAAGGUGCCAACUCUGUUUGGUGGGAUGUUUAAGAUGUGGUUAUAUUGUAGACCAAAUUUGAGGAUUGACCAGAAAAAUACGCCGUAAUUAGGGCUUUAAUAAAAAAUUAUUUUCCACUUAAUAUCUUUAUUAAGAGAAAACGUGCUUAA